AUGCGAGCCUCAACCACUACGGCCACGGUGCCGCCCCGCGAGCCUGUCACGCGCAGCUUCACGGUCACGGCGGAGCAGCAGCAGGCACAAGCUGCCCACGACCACGAGGACUUCUUCUGGACCUAUACAGAAGAACCGCACCGCACGCGUCGCAUGGCCAUCAUCAAGGCGCACCCAGAGGUCACCAAGCUCUGCGGCCCUGAGCCCCUCACCAAAUACGUCGUACUCCUUGUCGUGUCGAUACAAGUCCUUUGCGCCUAUCUCCUCCGCAACACACCUGUUCUGUCGUGGCCCUUCUUCCUGACGGCCUACGUUGUUGGCGCUACCGCAAACCAGAACCUCUUCCUAGCCAUCCAUGAGAUCUCCCACAACCUCGCUUUUCGCUCACCGUUGGCCAACCGCGUCAUUGCCGUCUUCGCCAACUUGCCCAUAGGCAUCCCUUACAGCGCUUCCUUCCGCCCCUACCAUCUUACUCACCACAAGUCGCUUGGUGUGAACGGCCUCGACACCGAUCUGCCUACCACAUUUGAGGCAUGGUUCCUCGACUCGGUCGCUGGCAAGGCCUUCUUCUGCACAUGUCAGAUUCUGUUCUACGCCCUGCGGCCCAUGUUCAUCUACAACCUGCCGCUUACCAAGAUCCACCUGUUCAACAUCGUCGUCCAGCUGGCCUUCGACUACGCACUCGUACAACUCGCAGGAGGAAAGGCACUGGCUUAUUUGAUUAUGAGCAGCUUCCUUGCCGGCUCACUGCACCCGUGUGCUGGUCACUUUAUCGCUGAACACUACGUUUUUGAGAAGCCUGAGAAAGACGCCUCGAAUCCUGCAAACAAGAUUCCUAUCCCAGAGACGUAUUCGUACUAUGGCAUCCUCAACUUCUUCACGUACAACGUCGGCCUUCACAACGAGCACCACGAUUUCCCAGCAAUCCCCUGGACAAGGCUUCCCACGCUGAACCGUAUUGCGCAUGAAUUCUACGAUGAGCUGCCAGUGCACAAGAGCUGGGUUUAUGUUAUGUGGCAAUUCGUCAUGGACAAGGACAUCAGUCUGUGGUGCAGAGUGAAGCGUGAGGAGGGUGGACGCAAGGUCGGUGCUGGCAAUGGCUGGAGCGAGGAAGAACUAGGUAACAACGAGAAGAAGGGUCGUAUUCCUGGAGUCUUUUGA